CUGCGCUCGCGCGCUCUGAGGCGGCUGGUGUCGCGCCUGUCCCUCAGCAGCGGCUCCUCGGAACCGGAACCGGACCGGGCCGGAUCGGAUCAGUACUUCCCAUUCAGAGCUGUCAUUUCUCACCUUAUCAACUGCAUUUCCACACUGAUGCCGUGUUCCUGAGCCAUACCCUUUAACUCCCUGACCUCCUCCAUGUCCAGUGAGUCUGAGCUGAAGUCUUACCUGUCAGGGGGCGGGUCUGAAGAGGAGGAGGAGAGCAGGUCUCCUUGCGGGACCAUGUCUCACCUGCACGAAAUGGGUGGAGCCUCGGACGGGAGUGACAGCGGAAACGACCCUCCCACUUCCCUUAGUUACCACCCACCACUUCAUGAGGACAUGGAGAUGGGCGGGAACGGCUCGAGCGGAAGCAGCACGGAAUCCCACAGCACCGAGUCCCACGGAAACGAAUCCAUAGGAAGUUUGAGCGCCAACAGCAAAGACUCGGCUCUGUUAGAAUCAUCAGGCAGCAACAAGAGUUCAGACUCUCAGAGUCCAUCUCCCCCCAGCAGCUCCAAUGCCUACAGCCUGCUGAGCUCUGAGCAGGACCACCCAUCCACCAGUGGUUGCAGCAGUGAGCAAUCAGCAAAGGCCAAGAAUCAAAAGGAGCUCUUUAAGACCCUGAAGAAGCUGAAGCGCCACCUGCCUGCAGAGAAUCACAGCAAAGAUCAAGCGAGCACGUUACACACACUCCGUUACGCACUGCGCUGCGUGAAACAGGUCAAAGCAAAUGAGGAAUACUAUCAGAUGUUGAUGAUAAAUGACAGCCAGCCACUGGGUCUGGAGGUUUCCUCAUACACCAUCGACGAGCUCAACAGCAUCACAUCUGAAUAUGCACUCAAAAACACGGAUAUCUUUGCCGUAGCCGUGUCCCUGAUCACAGGGAAGAUUGUGUAUAUAUCGGAGCAGGCGGCGGUGAUCCUGCACUGUAGUAAGGACAAGUUUAAGGACAGGAAGUUUGUGGAGUUUCUGACGCCGCAGGACGUGAGUGUGUUCUACAGCUUCACCACUCCGUACAGACUGCCUGCAUGGAGCAUGUGCACUGGGGCGGAGUCGUCAGCUGCAGAUUUUGUUCAGGAGAAAUCUUUCUUCUGCAGAAUCAGUGGUGGGAAGGAGAAGGAGGGGGAUCUUCAGUAUUACCCAUUCAGGAUGACGCCAUAUCUGAUGAAGGUUCAGGACCCUGAACUGCCAGAGGAACAUUUCUGCUGCCUCAUACUGGCUGAGAGAGUACACUCAGGAUACGAGGCACCCAGAAUCCCGCCAGACAAAAGAAUCUUCACUACGACACACACACCCAACUGUGUGUUCCAGGAUGUUGAUGAGAGGGCCGUGCCUUUGUUGGGGUAUCUUCCACAGGACCUGAUUGGGACCCCCAUUCUUUUUCACCUUCACCCUGAGGACAGACCACUGAUGCUGGCUGUGCAUCGCAAGAUUCUGCAGUACAUGGGCCAGCCAUUUGAUCACUCCUCCAUACGCUUCUGCACACGGAAUGGCGAGUAUGUUACUAUAGAUACCAGCUGGUCUAGUUUCGUCAACCCCUGGAGUCGCAAAGUGUCCUUCAUCAUCGGACGACACAAAGUGCGCAUGGGCCCUGUGAAUGAGGAUGUGUUUUCAGCUCCUGCUUUCACAGAGGGGAAAAUCAUGGACUCAGACAUCCAGGAAAUCUCAGAGCAGAUCCAUAAAAUCCUGCUGCAGCCUGUACACUGUAUGGGCUCCAGCGGUUACGGUAGUCAUGGCAGCAACGGUUCCCAUGACUACCUGACUACAUCCAGUGAAAACAAUGGCAGUGGCAACAUUGCUGUGGGCAACAGCAUCACCCCCAACCACGAGGAGAGGAGCAAGAGCAAACUGAGAUCUUUCCAGGAGAUCUGUAAAGGUGUUCAGAUGCUGAAGUCACAGGAUCAGCAGGCCUCCACUUCUAAAGCAGACCAGAAAAAAGCAGGAUUAAAGUGUCCAGGAGUGAAGCAGAAAGAUGCUGGCCCAGUGGUAAGAGGCGGUACUGCAGCCGUGGAGGAGCUCGGGGACCAAACCUUAUACUCCUACCAGCAAGUCAGCUGUCUGGAUAGUGUGAUCAGAUAUUUGGAGAGCUGUAACACAUCCCUCACUCCGAAGAGGAAGUACCAGUUCUCCUCCAACACAACCUCCUCCAACUCGGACGAGGAGAAGAAAGGAUGUGACGGGGCGGUGCCCAGCCCACAAGAUCCUUUGAAGACCAAUCAGAAGUCACCAUCUGAAGUAGUAGGUGGGGCUUUGGCUCCUUUGGCCCUGCCCACUAAAGCAGAGAGUGUUGUAUCCAUCACAUCCCAGUGUUCUUACAGCAGCACUAUUGUACAUGUGGGGGACAAGAAACUACAACCAGAGUCAGAGAUUAUUGAGGAUGUUGCCGAAAGCCCCACCCCUGGUGUGCCAGUAAACGUGAUGACUCCGCCCACAGCUGAGCAGGGAGCCUAUAGGAAACUGGACCUGACCAAGCAGGUGCUGGCGGCUCACACGCAGAAGGAGGAGCAGGCGUUCCUGAGUCGCUGCAAAGACCUGUGUCUCACAUCACUGCAGAAAACCUACACAGAACGCUCCAAGAGAGACAGGGGACACGCUAAUGAUGCACCAUCUGCUGCUGGUCCAGCCAAACCUGGCACAUCCGGGGCAGAACCGGCCACUAAAAGGAGCGGCCGAAUCAGAAAGUCAAAGAAAGCCCGGAUAAAAAACUCUGAAUCAUCAGAAAGCGCAGUGUCUCAGCGCAGACUCCGCCCACCUCUUCAGGGACUGAACCAGACAUCGUGGUCGCCAUCGGAGGCGUCUCAGUCUGCGUUCUCAGUGCCGUAUCCAGCUGUGGUUCCUGGUUACAGUUUUUACCCUGCUACACUGCCCCCUGUUGGUGACCGCAAUUCAGAUUACCCAACUGCUCAGGCUCCGCCCACUGCUCCCCAAUUCCCAGCCCCAAUUGUCACACCGAUGGUGGCGUUUGUUUUACCCAGUUAUAUGUUCCCGCAGCUUGGCAUGCCGGCACGCCCACCUUUCUACCCGGAACAGCAGGCGGAUGUCAACGCUCCGCAACCGCAGCCGAGCUACAACCCCCAGAAUCCCUUGCAACCUCAGCAAACACAACCAAAUUACACUACCCAGCAGCCUUUGCAGCCUCAACAAGCCUACACUGUCCAGCAGCCGUUUACGCCCCAGCCCGUCUACGUUACCCAGAAUCCCUUUCAACCCCAAACUCCAUUCACCCAGAUGCAGUUCACACCACAGACACCACUCCCAUACCAAAUGACCUCUGACCCCAGCCUUCCUGUUCCCGAAUCAGCUGAGGUUCCUUCCUCGUCACCUCUGUCUCACUCUCCGCCGCUGUUUGGCUCUCACUGCAGCUCUCCGUUACAGCUGGACCUACUGCAGCUGGAGGAAAAAGCAGACUUGCACAGCACAGCGCCACUGUCAGGAUCCCGGGGGAACUGCAGCUCGGUGCAGGAGAAAAGCAACAGCACCGCCAACAUGCAGCAGGUCAGAGAGGCUAAGCCGUGUUGUGUUGAAGGCAAAGCUCCGAGUGAUGCCCACUCCUCGUCCAAUGAGCUGAUAGAUCUGCUGAUGCAGGAGGACUCGGGAUCAGCCAUGUCUGGAUCCACAGGCUCCGCCUCCAACGGCUGCAACACCUCUAACAGCGGCACAGGGAGCAGCAAAUAUUUCGGGAGCGUGGACUCUUGUGAGCACGAGCACAAGACGAAAAGCAAAGAAGAUGGACAAAAUGUCAAGUAUGUCCUCCAGGAUCCUCUGUGGCUGCUCAUGGCCAACACAGAUGAGAAAAUGAUGUCUUAUCAGGUGCUGCCACGGGACAUGGAGAAGGUGUUAUGGGAAGAUCGAGAGUGUUUGCGGCAGCUGCAGAAGAAUCAGCCCCGUUUCAGCUCAGAGCAGAGGCGAGAGCUCAUAGAGCAGCACCCGUGGAUGAGGCGAGGCACUUUACCUUCAGCCAUGGAUGUCAAGGCGUGUCUGUACUGUGAGGACGACGCUGGCGCUCUGUUAGAAGACGAACUGCCUGAAAUAAACCUUGGCAUUCUGGGAGGAGAGGUGGUGCCAGAAGAGGGCGUGUCUCACAUACAGGAAGAGGAGGGGCAUCCAGUCUUAGACUGUGUUUCCUAGCACCUCCCCAAAGCGUAAAAACAUAGCGUGCUUUCAGACAGUGAGAUGACAUCAAAACAGAAUUAAAUGUAAUAAAUUCUAAAAUGUGGAGAGAAUUUGAAUAGAAUAGUGCAGACUGUAUAAACGAUCAGCUGUGUUUAUUAUUCACACCACAAACCUCCCGUAUUUACACACAGGACCAGCAAAUACUUUAUCAUUUUUCAAACAAAUCUAUGAUAAAUAAAGCCUUUUGGUUAUUUUAAAGCUUUAAUCAUUUUAUUGUUUUAUUUAUGUUACUUAAACAUAACAGUUUUUUUACAUUUCUGUUUUUGGUUUGGGUCAUAUUUGUUUUUAUUGCGUGUGUCUCAUGUUUUAUCUGUACUUUUGGUAUUUCUGUGUUUAUUGUUUGCUUCAGUUGGUGGCGAAGACGGUUAAUUUAUUUAAACUCUGGAUCUGUUGACUCUCGCUGUUAAACUGUUUUUAUUCGAUCGAACACAUUACUUUUGUUGAUCGAGCUUCUGUUACUUCCUGUGUGUUUCUGGUGGUUUUGUGGUGUAAAGGAUGAAUAAUAAACGACAGUAUGAGCGCUGCACUGUUUUAUUCAUGUCACAUGACUGUUUUUAUUAUUAUUAUUAUUAUUAUUAUUAUUGGUUUUGCAAACUCGGGUUUAUUUUUGUCUGAAGUGUGCAAGAACAACCAUCAGAACCUCUUACACUGUGAACGUUUUACAUUUUUCAUUUCUUACUUGAGUCAGAAAUUAGUUUUUUAACAAAGUAAUGAAUAUAGAUAUAGUUUUAAUUAGAUUAUUAUAAUCUGGGAGUAAGUAUAUGUGUUGUACAGAACAAAUGUCCCUGAAGCGCGUGUGUGUGUGUGUGUGUGUGUUUGUUCCUGUACACACUGAGUGAUAAAAACACACUCAGUUUCAGCUCAACAUGGUAACAAACAGAAUCGGCCAAUCAGCUUCCAGCUCUACAGGAAGUACUUACUGUGUUUUUCAGCUGUCUGUUUCAGUGCUGCUUCUAAACUCAUCGACUUCCUCGAACACUUUGAGACCGAAAAGAGACUGUUACACCCUGCAGCUGAUUAUUUUCCUUGAACUGCACGUCCCCAAGUGUUUUAUUCCCCUUACACCACAGCACAAUGCCAACAAUUACCGGUUUUAAAAAAUGUAUUAAACAACCUUUCUUCCAUUUACAGUUCCAUUUAAUAUUGUGGAACGUCCACAUUCCCACGUUAAAGCAGCUAUAAACAGUCGUUCCCUCACCACUCUCUCUUUUCUCUCCAAGUCAAUAAGAGAAAAAUAAUCAGUUUGUUCCAUCACGUUACUGAGAAACUGUAAAGAAGCGUAAACUCCUCUGUCCUUACAGUUCCAGCUUCACCUCUGACUGUUACACAGCGCUGACGCUGGAGACUCCUUCCAGAGACAUGACAUUUGUCACCACUUUAACAGUUACACUUGUUUUGAAUCUGUUUCUCGUCACUGAAGUGUCCGCGAUACACGGCCCUGUGAAUGAGCUGUUACUACAGAAACUAACGAGUGCAUUAAUUUUCCAUAAACCUGUGAUGUGCAGCUGCACCACUGUCAGAGCUGCUGUGAUAGACAAUUAAUCAAUACCUUCUGACCAAUCAGAGCCCAAGUGUGGGACAAACUGCGAAAUGUUAUGUUUAUCGUUCUUUUAUGAGUAUAAACCACCUCACUCUGACUCAUAAAGUCAGAUUGCAAUGCAUUCUGGGUAAACUGUCUCACAUCACAAACCUUACUUUGUUUCCUCUGAGAAACGAGCAAAUGUCGUGCAGUUAAAAAAAAAGCAGUAUGGAAGCUUGCUGCACUCACCUGUCCCAUCAUGCAUCACUGAACACAAAGGGCAGGGCUUAAGAGGUAACAGCCAGAGCUGCCAUGGCAACCAGUGACAACAGGAACAUUUCCUCUGUGCUUUUGAGUCCAAAUGUUACUUUAACUGUAGCUUUACAAUUUAAACAAACAAACCUAUGCAGUUUGUUAGCAGCACUGAGCACGCUGACGUCAGCUCGCACCGAACGCACGCUGCCAUUUUUAUUCCACAGAACAAAACGGUUUGUGUUUGAAGUGCACGUGUAUUACACCAAAGUAAACACAUUUAAGUAUUAAAUGGGCACGGUGGUGUAGCGGUUCGCACUGUCGCCUCACAGCAAGAAGGUUCUGGGUUCGAGUCCCGUGGCCGGCGAGGGCCUUUCUGUGCGGAGUUUGCAUGUUCUCCCCGUGUCCGUGUGGGUUUCCUCUGGGUGCUCAGGUUUCUUCCACAGUCCAAAGACAUGCGGUUUGGUUAACAUGGGCUGAAGUGCCCAAGAGUGGUGGCGCACACGUACGCAGCGGCUUUACUCUCCUAUGAUGAUCUAAAUUUCGUUGUACAUUUGUGCAGUGACGAUAACGACAUUCUCAUUAUUAGUGAGACGCAGCAAACAAACUACAAGCUAAAAAAUAUCUGAAGUGUGCUUCAGGAGGGAGCCGAGGGGAAGUGCACGAGUGUGUGUUAAAAACAGUACUGAAACCAGGCCAAGGAAAUUUACAGAAUGGAUGUAAAACUGGAGUGUGAAGGGACCAAAUGGACAUGUGUCUCUCUCUUUCUCUCUUUAAUGACUUUUAUGUCUCUGUACUUGGCGGAGAUUCUUGCUGUUACACACUUUAUUUUCACUCUGGAGUUCUAUUGCAUUUUGUUUUAUAAAAUGGAUAUU